AGAAAGAUGUGGAUUUACGGCAUCUCCCAACAGCUUAUAGUACAGCGCAUUCUCCGCGUCCAGGAUUAUGUGAUUCUUGGGUGGAUACACUUAUCAAGGAAGACCUUGAUAAUGACGAUGAUGAUAUAGAAAGUAAUAAGGAAGAACCUGAAGAAAUAGAGGAGGUUGAUAUUUCACCAAGAUUGAUAGUGGAAAUGAAUCAAAUAGAGCAUUGGUAA